UCUUCAAACUGUGCCAUUUUACUGCAUGCUUAAACUUUAAAGGGUGGAGUAAACAAGCACUAUUUAAGGAGGACAAGAGGGUUACUUUUUUUUCUUCCAAAGGAGGACACCUACCUUUUUCCAGGAGGGAUUUGGUUUAUCGUUGUGUUGUGAGGAGUUGAGAACAAGUGUCUGGAUUUCUACUUGGAAUAUCCCCGUUCAACUGGGCAUUACAUAGGCCUAUUGUGUGCACUUCUUUAUAACUGGUGCCCGUUCCCCAUUGCUCUCCUUAGGGUUUGUGUGUGUGUGUGGGUGUAUUGUGUGUGUGGGACAGAAAGGCAACAAACUCUGGGGGUGUCAGUGUGCACGUGCUAAACCAUUGCACUGCAAAGGGAGUGAUCCCUCAUUUAUCUGGUAUCAUCCCUCACUCUCCUCGUUUAUCUAUCGUCCCUCACUCUCAACCCUUUGUUCUGAGAUUAAUCAUGGCCUCCUUUAAGACGUGGCUCUUGGGACUGUUCCUAGCCCUGCUCUGCACCUUCCAGACCCCUCUUGCCCCUGGCGUCAAGGCUCAAGACCUGCCGCUGGCCCCCCAACAGGAUGUAGUAGCUGAUGACGAGGGGGAGCAUGCAGCGGAUGUAGGGGGAGAUGACGACGACGAUGAUGAUGAUGAUGAUGGGGACAGUAAAGAGGACGAUGAGGAUGAUGACGAUGAUGACGACGACGACGAGGAUGAUGACGACAACGAUGAUGACGACGACGACGAUGAUGAUAACGAUGAUGAUGACGACGACGACGACGAUGAUGAUGACGACGAUGAUGACAACGAUGAUGACGACGACGAUGACGACAACGAUGAUGACGACGAUGAUGAUGACGAUGAUGACGAUGAUGAUGAUGACGACGAUGAUGACGACGAUGAUGAUGACGACGAUGAUGACAACGAUGACGAUGAUGAUGAUGCUUCUGCCGCAGCUGAUGAUGACGAUGACGACGACGACCACACGGAGGCUGACGGUAAUGAUGAUGAUGAUGAUGAUGAUGAUGUACCGGCUGCAGCUGAUGACGAUGAUGACGACAAUGAUGAUGAUGAUGCAGCUGAUGAUGAUAAUGACGAUGAUGAUGACGAUGAGGAAGAGGAGGAGGACGAUGACGGUCAACUGUAUCACAAAGGAUCCCUAUGUUCAUACUGUGAAUACUGUGAGCACUGUGACACCUGCAACAAGUGCCCAUGUGCAGAGGGAGAUAAGUCUGCCCAUUGUGACACCUGCCAGAUGUGCAACUUCUGCUACGUGUGUCCCAUUUGCAGCACACUUUGCCAACCAGGUGGUUUUCUGGACGAGCUGACUGGAUCAAUCUAUAAGACUGUAGCCGACGUCUUCGAAGCUGACAAAUAA